GAACUGUGCCUUUGAGCGUUGAUAGUACUGUCUGGUGAUAAGGAAGCAGUAUACAAUUCAACCCUAGCUAUCGUCCGGUUGCUCUUAUUGUUUCUCAUUAUAUCAACUGCGUCAGGCAUUGCCAGAAAGGAUACAAGUAUGAAGGCAUAUCUGGUUUGCGUGUGUUUGACGCUGCUGUUAGCGUCCGCCCUGGCAACCAGCAUCGCUCCGCUCCCCGACAGAUCAGCUUGUCUUGAGCCCAUGAUGACUGGAAUGUGCCUCGCCUAUUUCCAACGCUACUACUACAACACUGUGUCGCAAACGUGUGGCCAAUUUGUGUAUGGCGGUUGUGGAGGAAACCAGAACAACUUCUAUACGCAGGCGGAGUGUGAACAUCCAAACCCGUCGUUUCAGGUGACUGAUAUGAAGACGUUUCUGGUUUGCGUGUGUUUGUCGCUGCUGGUGGCGUCAGCUCUGGCCUCCACCACCACCACCACUAUGCUCCAUGACAAUUCAGCGUGUUCUGAGCCGAAGUUCCCUGGGCCAUGUAAAGGACUCUUCUAUCGAUUCUAUUACGACAAUGAUCAAAUGGACUGCUUGGAGUUUAUCUAUGGGGGAUGUGGCGGCAACAGAAACAACUUCCUAACUCUGCAACACUGCCAAAGUACCUGUAAAAGUUAGGUCUUCAACUGAGGUGCAUUUUUGUAGAAAGCAACAAUGAAUUAAAAUAUGACCCCAGA